UGAGUGUCGCGUGAGCAACACUGGAAGUCCUGGUUCCUGGGUUCUCAUAAUCGUCAACCCGGAAGUCGAAUGCCGGUUGGAUAUGCCAUAUGAUGACCCCAUGUGGUGGAUAAAGUAUCGAAACAUUACCUACAAAAGAUUUUAUUUGCGGCAUAUCGCGGUCAAGCAAUCGAACGCUGACGGUGCUUCCGUCGGUAAACCGAAAGGCAUGGUAAUCGGAGUGGAUCUGCUACAGAUCUACCCGAUCGAGCACGCUGUUGUGUACGGAAACAGCGACUUUCUGCGACAGGAAACGCAAGACAAGCUCCGAGCAACGUUGGGCGACCGACGGUUGGAUUGCGUGCUGUUGGACAUGGCACCGAACGCAACCGGAUUCCGUGCGUUGGACCAGGAGAAUAUAACCACCCUCUGCUACUCGGUUCUUCGGUUUGCCUUGUUAAUGUCCUCGCCCAAGGCGUCGCUACUAAUGAAAAUCUGGGACAACGGGGAUGUUCCCAAGCUGGAAAAGAGCAUCAACGAGUACUACGAUUCCGUGAAACGCGUGAAACCUCGCGCCAGCCGGGACGAUUCUUCGGAGAAUUUUAUUCUGGCUCGUGGCUUUCGAGGAAUCGAGCGCUAAAUGGCGACCGAAUUUGGGUAGUUUUUUUAGCUAACAAUUAAAACUAGUCAAAUAUCAUGCACAACUCUUAGGGAAUUGCGUAUUAAUUUUUCUUAUGCAAGUGACCCAAACAAUCUCGCGAAGCUCAUAAAUCUUCGUUUUCUUAGAUAUCAAAGUUACGAACGGUUUGAUGGAAUGGACUUGUCGGGUUUAGUCCAACUAGAAAAACUAUACCUCAAUUGCAUUGGUAAUGUAAAAAUUCCCAAUACGAUCAGAACCGACGUCAACUUUAUUACGCGGUCGGCGGCCGAAGCCAUCCCGCCGCUUCUUGUUUCUCUUGCGAGGUUUAUAAUUAUUUUCAUCCUACCUACGGGCCCCUUGGAGUAUGAUAUCAGUCCACUAAGAAUAGCGCCCGUGCGCUAGGUUAGACAGUGUGUGCGUGUGCCGAGUCUCUCCGGUGAGAGCGACUGCAUCCGUACGUUGCGCGCGCGUUUCGUCCUUUACCGAGAUUAUUAUUUAUAUAGAGCUUGUAAGAGCGCAGCGCCCGUGCGCUUCGCUCGCUGCCUUUGCUCGUUUCGCAAACGUGUGGCCUUGGUAGUCGGCACGAUGGCUCUGGCGACGACAGAACUGAUUAAGAACUGACUAAGUAUGGAGAAAGCUUCAAAGCGCGCUAUUUUCUGAACAUUAUCUUCAUAGGCUUGCUCCGUCUUGCGCUUUUCUUCCUCUUCAUCGGUCGAUCUCCCGAUCUAUUUUGACGAUAGGUUUCUUGUUUACUGGUACUGGACUUAAAAAAGGUUUUAAUGCUAAUGAGUUGUUCAGGUUUAUAGAUAAACAUAUGAAGCUUUCUGAUCGUAUUGGGAAUUUUUACAUUACCAAUGCAAUCGAGGUAUAGUUUUUCUAGUUGGACUAAAUCCGACAAGUCCAAUCCAUCAAACCGUUCGUAAGCGGCGCCUCCGGAUAAACAUAAAGAUUGUUAGGAGUAGUAUUAAUAAAAUCAAACCCAACCUCAAGUUCCUCAAGGUUAUAGAUCUGCGACACGAAAGUUUUGGUUUUUGUUAAAUACACUUACUGUACUUGACUGGCGGGUUCGGUAUGCCGUCUGGUUCCGGAGACUUAUGUUGCUGCAGUUUGCUGGCGAUGGCGCUAUCACCCCUGCUAUGAUGUUUGCCAGAAGAUGGUGCUCUUUGGCGCUCAUAGUAAUCAGCUUCUCCUAUAGUCCUACGUCCAUCAGCUUCUCCUGGAGAACCUGUAGUUCGAUUUUUUCCUCCUCCUUUUCCUCAGGGUCAAGGAACGCACUGUCGCUUUCACUGUCCUCCUCUCCACUCUAGCCUUGCUGCGUGCCUUGCGACCGCGUUCGGACCAUUUUUUAUUUGGCCCAGUGAAGGUUACGGGAUCGCUUGCACCGAAUUGCCGGAGAA